GAAGUUGGAAGAAAAGAGAUGAAAAAGAAGGACAAACUGUGGAGAACGAGAAAAGGAGCAACGACUAAAUCACAUCGAUAAGGAGAACAUGGAGGUCCAACUCUACUGGCUGCUGCCGCUGGUCCUCAGCUGCCAUGAAAGGAUUACAGGUUGUACGAGCAGCAUCAGUCCAUAUAUAAAACAUUACGAGGUCUUAUCAUACAACAGGGAGGAUCUUCACAGAAAACACAUAAAAGCCAGGAGGUCUGCACAACAUCGGGAUUAUACGCUUGAUUUGGAUUUUACUGCCUUCCAUAGAUCGUUCCGUCUGCUCCUGAGACAAGAUUCAGAGGCGUUUUCUAAAGAAUUCACGGUGAUCAAGGAGAGUGGUCCCAUGUCCUUCGACCUAUCACACUUAUAUUCAGGAACACUUGAUGGAGAAGACGGCUCAUCCUGCCACGGCUCUGUGUUGCAGGGACAAUUUGAGGGAACCAUCCAUACAGGAAAUGGCACUUAUCACAUAGAGCCAAUUCAAAGAUAUACCAGCAGCCCAAGAGACCACCAUUCCAUUAUCUACCUUGAGGAUGACAUGGUCCUCCCACACAUGUCGGCGCACACAGGUGGGUUCUGUGGUGCGGAGCAUCUGAACGUCCUCAGGCGAAACCUAAGUGCCAAUCAGGAGACACCAGUGAGCCGGUCCAGGAGAACUGUUGAUGAGUCAAAGACCAGCUGCCUGCUCCACCUCCACGCUGACCACCUCUACUACAAGAGGUUCAAGUCUGUAGAAGCUGUUGUGGCUCAGGUUUCAUCCUACUUGCGGGCUGUGAAUGACAUCUACAACAAGGCUGACUUUGAUGGAAUCAAGCUGAUCAACUUCAAAGUGAAAUCCCUUCGUGUGAUGACCAAAGAGGAUAAAACAGACCCUCUGUCUCCUCUGUUCAUUGGGCCUGAGAAGCUGUUGAGUCUCUUCUCUGAGAACAACUGGGGCAACUUCUGCCUGUCGUACCUGCUUACUAACAGGGACUACAGCGGAGUUCUGGGCCUUGCUUGGGAGGGCAAGACAGGUAACUGGGGAGGAAUAUGCUCAAAGUACACCGCCCUUCGAAAUGGCCCCAUGUCCACCCUAAACACAGGCCUGAUAACGAUUCAGAACUACGGACAGUUCCUGCCUCCUCGACAAGUCCAGCUGACCAUGGCGCACGAGCUGGGCCACAGCCUGGGCUCUCCGCAUGACGAGGGCUCAAACUGCGGGGACCUUGGUGAUAAAGGCCAGUACCUGAUGUUUCCUUACGCCACAAAUGAGGUGCAUGACAACAAUGAAAAAUUCUCAUCUUGCAGCAUCAAACAUAUAAGCAAAAUCUUGAGGCUGAAGAAGGACAUCUGCUUUGUAGUCAGCGAUCAGCCCAUCUGUGGAAACCAGAUUGUAGAGGAGGGUGAGGAGUGUGAUGUCGGACACAAUGACACAGACCUUUGUUGUUUCAGUGCCAAAGAACAUGUAGGAGUCCAGUGUCGCCUCAAGCCUGGUAAAGUCUGCAGUCCGAGCCAGGGUCUGUGUUGUGGCCGCAACUGUGUGUUUAAGCCAGAGGGUCAGUUGUGCGACGAAGAGACAGACUGUCAGAAAAAAAGCGAGUGUUCGGGCCUCUCGGCGCUCUGUCCACAGCCACACGCCAAGGAAGACCUGACCAUCUGUAGUCAGGGCACUCGUGUCUGUCUGAACGGGGUCUGUGCAGAGUCUGUGUGUGUGAAGCACCGCCUGCAGCAGUGUGACUGUCCAGGAGACAACAUGAAGGAGAAAUGCCACAUGUGCUGCCAGCAGCGUGAUAAGCCCGAGACGUGUGCCAGCACCACCUCCUCCGUGCUCUCUCAUUAUUUUCAGAGGAAACUGUUGCCUCUGGUUGGUGGUGCUCCGUGCUCAGGGAAUCGAGGAUACUGCGACAAAUUCCACGUAUGCCGCAUUCUAGAUGCAGACGGCCCAAUCGCCAGACUGAAGAAUUCUUUCCUUCACUUGGAUGAUUUUGAUGACAUGGCAGAGUGGAUGAAGGCUCAUUGGUGGGUCAUCCUGCUGGUUAUUCUGAUUCUGUCCGGAGUGAUGGGCUUCACAGUGGUUCUGUGUGGCCAAACCCUGAACACCCGGGACUUGGACUGACCCUUGAUGUCCACUUUCACCAACACCCUAGAACGACACACAAAACAUGGAACCUUUAAGAGUCUAUGCCAUGUUGUUGAGAUCCUUUUGAACAACUUUUGUCUCACAUUAGUUUGUGAUUUGAAAGUGACCUCUGAGGUCACUGAACACCUGCUCAGGCCUUCGCAUGCUAGUCUGUCACCUGAUACAUCUGUUAGUCAGCAUGCAUCUGCAUUUGCUUUUCCUUGGGGUACUUAUUCAUGGAAACUCUCCUGUGAUGCUUGUGUUGUGGAAAAUGUUUCUGCUAAUUGUGGGAUGGGUCAGUCCAGUUUUUCUCUGAGAGCUUAGAUACUCUGACACUUUAAUGCAAAGCCCCAUGUCUCUUCAAAGAUUAAACUGAGUGUAUUUCUGUUUUGGAGACCAUCCAGCUUUCCAUCUUAAUGCAAGCAGGAAUUACAGCUGCUCUUAAAGAACGUUUUAAUAAACAGACAAUGAACAUGUUA